AUGAAGCGCAACGAGAAGUUCGAUGAGUAUUGGGCGUUGUGCGAACUGAUUGUUUUGAUCCAUGACCAUGUGAAUCAUUUCUCGAUGUUCGUGUGUAAGGAGUUCUCCGAUUUGAUGCUCCAGCUGAAAUAUCAUGGACUCAAGGAUCACAAUAUUUCUCACCUUUCGAUCUUCCACUGCCCGAAGAAGAUCGCCUACGAUGUUCUGAAGAUACCCCGUUUGACUUAUUUCGGGCCGUCUGACGACAAGAAUCGCGUUCACGAUGUGGUGUGGAUGGUUCACGUGUAG